AGAAUUAAAUGUAAGUGUGGUAGUAAAGCGUGUGUGCAUUGAAUGUAUGUGUGGAUGUAAGAGUGUGUGUACGUAAUAAAAUGGUUGUGCGGGUGUAAUAGUGCGAGUGUGUACGUAAGAGUGCAAGUGUGUAUGUAAGAAUGCAAGUGUGUAUGUAAGAGUGCAAGUGUGUAUGUAAUAGUGCAAGUGUGUAUGUAAGAGUGUAAGUGUGUAUGUAAGAGUGCAAGUGUGUAUGUAAGAGUGUAAGUGUGACUGUAAGAGUGCAAGUGUGAAUUAUAAGAGUGUAAGUGUGACUGUAAGAGUGCAAGUGUGAAUUAUAAGAGUGUAAGUGUGAAUGUAAGAGUGCAAGUGUGUAUGUAAGAGUGUAAGUGUGUAUGUAAGAAUAUAUAUAUGUGGUUGUAAGAGAUACGUGAUUUCCUGCAGGUGAGAGAUGAUAGUAAGGAGAUGCUCUGAUGUUGACGUGUACAAUCCUUGUUGACCCCCGUACCUGGUAGUUUGGAAGAAAGAGUCUACUCAUAAUAGUCUAACAUAUCAUAAGAAAAUCUGGCCUCAAGCUAAACGAUUCAAGAAAUGGUUCUUUUGUUUAAGCUGACAAUUAUCUCCUGAUUCUUUGAAACGAAUAUUGUUUCAGGAGAUAUAUAUAUAUUUUUUUUAUUUUUUUUGGUUCUGUUGAUCAAAAUGAAAUUCUGUCUUCAUUCUCUGAUGUCACUACCAUUCAUGAUCAUCACUGCUUUGUCUUUAUUACUGAAUCAAACACCGCUGUUAUGUAGAGGUUAUUUUUAAGAUAUGCUCUCUGGAAGUUCGUUUAUUAUAAUACAAUCUAAGCACGUGCCAUGUAAUAUAGAACUAAUCUAAUAAAAUUAAGAACUAUUUCCUUAGUGCUCCCGAUUUCAUCACGGUCAACCAACACGUUCAUUGGAGUCCCUUCAUUAUAGAACUGAACAAGUAAACAGUAGGUGGUUCUUCGUGUACAGAUAAAUGUGUCUCUCUAACCUUACAGUAAAGAUGAACAUUUAAGUGCUAAUGACACAAGUAUGCAGGUGAUCUACUCCCUAAGUCCUCUGACGGUAUAGUGGCUAUCAUUAGUGACGAAUGUUACAGGGCUGUGGUUAUAUGUAAGGUUCAUAACGCUUAUACUUGUCUCUCAAAUCUUUGUUGUAGUUUGGAGGAUAUGUGUCAUCAUCAAGGAUACAUGAUAUCACCACCACGUAGAUGAUACAUGUGUCACUACUACUACGUGAGGAUAAAUGUGUCAUCAUAAAGAAGAGGACAUAUGUAUCACCAUCACGUUAAGGAUCCAUGUAUCACCAUCACGUCAAAUAUGAAUAUCAUCAUCACGUUAAAGGAUGUAUGUGUCACCAUCUGGAGGAUCUGGGCAUCAAUCUCACACACUCAGGAACAAGAAAGACAAGGACAUUGGAACGAGAUACUCAAGACAUAAGAGAUAGGCUGCCUGAGUGAAUGAAUAACAGGAACAGGGAAUUGAGGCGAACCAUUCACGUACUGUGGGGAAGAGCUUUGGUUGGUGGAUUAAGGAAGGAACAGUUUACUAGCUGAAGAAAGAGUCAGCCAUGUGUCGGGGUCUGAGUACAGAGGAAUGCGUAGGUGCCAGGGAGAUUUGAGGUCAAAACGUUUGAGUUGCAUGGCUAAUUCAUUGGACCACAACCAUGGACUUAGAGACAGGCCACAACCACGGACUUACUGUAGAGACAGGCAACAACUAUGGACUUACUGUAGAGACAGGUCACAACCAUGGACUUAGAGACAGGCCACAACCAUGGACUUACUGUAGAGACAGGCCACAACCAUGGACUUACUGUAGAGACAGGCCACAACCAUGGACUUACUGUAGAGACAGGCCACAACCAUGGACUUACUGUAGAGACAGGCCACAACUAUGGACUUACUGUAGAGACAUGCCACAACCAUGGACUUACUGUAGAGACAUGCCACAACCAUGGACUUACUGUAGAGACAGGCCACAACCAUGGACUUACUGUAGAGACAUGCCACAACCAUGGACUUACUGUAGAGACAGGCCACAACCAUGGACUUACUGUAGAGACAGGCCACAACUAUGGACUUACUGUAGAGACAGGUCACAACCAUGGACUUACUGUAGAGACAGGUCACAACCAUGGACUUACUGUAGAGACAGGCCACAACCAUGGACUUACUGUAGAGACAGGCCACAACCAUGGACUUACUGUAGAGACAGGCCACAACCAUGGACUUACUGUAGAGACAGGCCACAACCAUGGACUUACUGUAGAGACAGGCCACAACCAUGGACUUACUGUAGAGACAGGCCACAACCAUGGACUUACUGUAGAGACAGGCCACAACCAUGGACUUACUGUAGAGACAGGCCACAACUAUGGACUUACUGUAGAGACAGGCCACAACCAUGGACUUACUGUAGAGACAGGUCACAACCAUGGACUUACUGUAGAGACAGGCCACAACCAUGGACUUACUGUAGAGACAGGCCACAACCAUGGACUUACUGUAGAGACAGGCCACAACCAUGGAUUCUGGAAGGGCCGAAACUAUAGACUACAAAACGUACCGUCACCAUGGACUUAUAGAGACGGGUCAGAAUCACGGACAGAGGGAUUUUACUAUUGCCACGGACGAAGCAACGGGCCCAAACCAUGGAUUUAGGUACGGACAAAAACUAUGGACUUAUGAAUAAAAAGAUUUAUCGGUGUUAAAGGCAUAGUAACGGACCAGAGACAGUAGGUUAACGGACUUACGGAUAAACUAGAACCACGGACUACAAAACUUAGCAUUGCUACGGACUUAGGAAAGAGUCAAAGCCACGACUUUAGAAGCAGGUCAAUGUCACGGCCAAAACGAUAGGACAUUUGGUACGGACUCAGGAACGGACUAAUGUCAUAGAAUGAUAAAGGGACUGGAACCACGUACUAAGGAACGUGACAUUACCACAAGAUGAGUAACGUACAAGAAUGGCAGAUAGAUGGACAUGCUAGCGUCAGGCAGUGAUGGACGCGAUUGAGACACCAAGAUAUGCAAGAAAAACUAAACGAAACACGAACUGAGAUAAAGUAACACCUGGAACUGAUGAAAGUUUGUCCAGAAGAAUCGAGGAAUGUCCAGAGUCACGGUCUGAGGGACGAAACUGGGGCACCAUAGAACGUGAGUCUCCCAAUGAGGCCAAAGUUGCCAAACCGGAACUGCUACAUCCCAGGUGUCCAACUUAAAAUGUGGAAUGUACAGCUCAUCACCUUUUUUUUUUUUCCAAUUAGUUAACCCGAAUUUCACUUGAGCUGUUCCUGUGUACAUAGAACUUCUUUGCAUGUACACACACUUGCAUAUAUACAUAAAUAUACCUGUAAAAUAAGCGUAUACAAACUUAAGACCACACCCUGCCAACACUGUAUGUCCGGUGUUGUUCGUGUAUAUGCGUAAUACACAUUUCCCUGUCAGUGAGGCAUUGUUUUCCCGUCAUGCAUAAUAUUGGUUAUGAUGUUAUAUGAUAUAGACAAUAUAGGCACAUAUACAGCAAAAGAAAAAACAUGAAUAGACAAAAUAUUUACAUUUCUACACCCUUAACCAAAGGACUAAGAGAAAUUGCCGUGACCCACCCAUGUUUUAUACUUGUCUGUGUGAUAUGAAUGUGUAUUAAAACUGUCUGUAGUGUCUCAUUAUAUGUGCUUGUUUUAGGAUAAAUGUUUAUCUGUUUUAUCAUAUGCUGUGAAUCUGGAUGACUCUACCUACCUGUAUUGUGUUACAGGUGUAGCUGACUGCAUUGAAUGAGGGAAAUUAGGACUGUCUGUGUUGACGUAUGUAUAAACUGUGAUGAAGAGUAAGUGUGACUGUGCCUGCCUAAGGUGAAGGGUACGUAAGACUGUGCUUCUCUGUGUCGAAGGGUACGUAAAGCUGUACCUGUCUGUGAUGAGGGUACGUAUAACUGUACCUGUCUGUGUCGAAGGGUACGUAUAACUGUACUUGUCUGUGUCGAAGGGUACGUAUAACUGUACCUGUCUGUGUCGAAGGGUACGUAUAACUGUACCUGUCUGUGUCGAAGGGUACGUAUAACUGUACUUGUCUGUGUCGAAGGGUACGUAUAACUGUACCUGUCUGUGAGGAGGGUAUGUAUAACUGUACCCGUCUGUGUCGAAAGGUAUGAAUAACUAACUGUACCUAGCAGUGUAAAGAAGUAUAUGCACUGUUUGUCAGAUACAGAUAUGUAUGACUUUACCUAAUGUAUACCUGCGUAGUGAAGUAUACAUGACUUAUCUACGCUUGUAUUGAGGAGUGUAACGACUGCCUUGUGUUAAGGAGAAUCUAUUUCUGUAUUUGGCUGAAUCAUGUGUCUUCAGUUUACUUUGGAACCUUACAACAUAAGUGACGUUGGUUUUGGGCGUUUCUUGGGGUUUUCUCUGUGUGAAAUGAACCAAUAAUUAAAUAGAUAAGAUUGUAUAUAACUAAAAUAGAUGGAAAAAAAUUCAUGUCUUGCUAGUGUAACUUGGCUGGUGUCUUUUCUUGAGUCCUUCCACAACAUGAGAAUGUGCCAAGUAAUGAUACAAUAUCCAAGGCAGUAAGUAUCAUUAAUAAUACCCUAUUACUACCAUGUGUGGAUGUUUAUCCUUGAUCCCUUAAUGACUAUGAGUAACUUCCAUGAUUUAAUUAGUGAAGGAUGAUGAAACUUAAGCGUUUCUUUGAAUAUUAAAUAUUUCCUCGUGAGAAUGUGAAAUUAGUGCCAGGAAUUCGUGGAAUCUUCCUUACCUGAGUGCAUCUAUGGGUAGUUCUUAGCGUACACAAGCUGUAUCUGCGGUUGUAUUUUGGUAUUUAUUGUUUAUAGAGUAUACGCUGAAUAACAAAGUGCACUUUAUAUAAAUGUAAUUGUAAUUUUAAUAUUACAUCAUGUCAUGCAAUGACAUAUUGAUGAGCAUCACCUUCCUGGUCUAUGCUAAAAAGAAAUGACAAAGCUUACUUUUACUGGUAAACCUGUUCAGCAGCUUACACAGUGUGCACCACCUGCCAUGUCUUCAGGUGCUUCAUAAAGAAAUAAGAUUUUUGCUGGUAAGACUAGUAGUGUGACCUCUCAAGUGCUUUCCAGUAUGUGUAAGAACACCUGCUAGUGUCUUUCAGCGUAUACGAGGGUUGAUUUAUGCGUUUUGGUUUACUGUUAAUGUUGGUUUUUUUAGGAUAUACACUUCAUCAAACCACUUUGAAUGCCUAUAUAUACUGAUAUUGUAUUAUCAGUUCAUCCUAAGACCACCAUUAACAUUGUUAACAACUGUCUUUUGUACUUGAAAAUCUAUAUCAGUAUAUCUGAUAGAAUACUGGCAGGUUUUAUACAGAACUCACUCCUACUGUUCACUGCACCUAUGAUUGUAUUUCAACUUGUAUCUAAAAUUUAUAUUUAUAUUUGACUGACCACGUAAUGCAUGGAAAUGUACCUGUAGAGUUAUGUGACGAUAUUUGAGGGUAGACAUGGAUGUACUAAUACUGCUGUGAAUGCAGUAAUUAUAUCUUACGCAGUCAUUAUGUUUCAAGUGUAGAAAAUGUCUGUACUAUAGUUUAAUUGAUAAAUUCUUCGGCAGGUAAAACAGUAUGAAUAGUUCAGUAGUUUUUCUUUCACGUUAGAGAGAUAGUGAGAAAGCUGUUGCAGGGAUAUGACAGCUUGCAUGUAUCAACAACUGCUUUCCAAGUACAUUAUAAUAAUUAACAAUGUAUUUUGACAGCUUUUAUGAUAGCGGAGGUGGUAGGUGGUCUAGUAAUGUCUCUAGAAUAAACAUACUGUAGUGCACACACUAAUUGACCUGAACAAAACUUUAUUGGUUAAGUGCACAGAAUACAAGAGACAAUACGUGCACCUGAGAAUGUUCCUUCUGUUAAUGGAGUAACCAUCUGAGUCAUACAACUCUGUAAGUCUCAUAAAAAGAAGAAAAACUUUCAACCUAUUUAAUAUGAGAAUUAAGUUAAAAUUGGCGUAAGCUGAGUGUGUGGAGUUGAACUUGGUGAUACGGUGUCUCGUAUAGUAUUUUCCGUGUGUUGUGUAUCUGAAACUUUAGGUUGGUGUUUAUAAUAUUACUGAACAUUUUCGAGUGUGUGAGUGAGAGUUUGUACUGGUUUAUUAUAUUUGAGUAUACAUGCUGGGUACAUUAUGGUAUAAAUGAUAUUAGUUCUCAACUUCCCAUUCCUAUUAAUGGCUUACACGGGCGCUUAGUGAUUCUUUUUGAUGUAUGUGCUGUAGUCCCAUCGAGUGUUCUAAGUUGUAUCAUUAUAUAUCAUUAUAAGCAAUAUAUGCACUCACACCCUGUGAUAUCCCUCUAAGCAUGCCAUAUAUUUACAUAUUGUUGCGGUUUUAAGUCACUGUCGUUAGAAAGUAUUUGUAUUGAAUUUUAAUUCUAUAAUAGUGUUCGAUGUAGGAGACAUCUCCUUGUUGUUUUGAUAAUGAAGUGCAUUACUGCAUUUGGGAUUCUCGUACAUAUUUUGUCACAAAGGAGUCACAUCCCAGAGACUCCUUCCCUGAGCACCAGUAUUAUUAGUGUUAUUUUGCAAAGCUUGAAAGGCAAGUAGUGUUUAGCAUUCAGAUAUGCUCUAGCAUUCACUUCAUAUUGACAGUAAGAGUUAUUGUUACCGGUUCGUCUAGUUCAAUAGCUCAGCUGUCAAGUUACAGAACAAUCCUGUCAAAUAUAUAUAUAUAUAUAUAUAUAUAUAUAUAUAUAUAUAUAUAUAUAUAUAUAUAUAUAUAUAUAUAUAUAUAUAUAUAUAUAUAUAUAUAUAUUCAGGAAGGUGUGACCCGGCGUUACGCUGCCAAGGUCUUGGUCUUCAAGCGCUGUGGCCUGGUUGCUAGGCACUAUGUGAUCUGGUUUCCUGGCACCAUGAAGCCUGAUCUCUGGGCGCUGUGUUCUGGUAGACAGGUGCUGUGUGGCCUAGUUUCCGAGCUCUGUGUGGCCUAGUAUCCGGGUACUAUGUGAUCUGGUUUCCGGGUUCUGCGUGACCUGUCCUCCAGGUACUGUUUGGUCUGGUCACCAGACUCUACGUGAUCUGGUUUCCGUGCGCUGUGUGACCUGAUCUCCAGGUGCGGCUGGACGUACUGGAGAACUUUCGCCGCUAGGGACACCUUCACCGUUCACUCCUUUCUGUGAAAGGCAAAUUGAACUUUGCCGUUCUUAUGUUAUGCCAAAGGGUGGAUAAAAGUUUUUGUGAUAUUCUCCAAACUCCAUCUAGUUCAUAACGGCCGUUCCAUGUUUGUUAUUAUUCUGCUAAGUGGCCGUGAUGUUAAUUGUGAAUGCGGCCAUCACUUCCACCGUCAUCACCAGAACCUACCAUCACCACCAUAUCUCUCCACACUUCACGGGCGGAACGCGUCAGCUUACUCCCAGUCCCGACUCCCAUAUGCGGCCAUCAACCCUUACCGCUGUUUAAUGCUAGACUGAAACUGGUAGCAAGAGAGCAAUUGCAACAGCAUAUCAAAACAACAAUUGUACAAUUUGUACAUACAGUUUUAAGUUAAUGGUAGAUUAUACGUGUCAUUCAUUUACAACGUUAUCUCUAGGUUCUAUAAAGUAGCCUAAUCAUAUUCUCUCUUCAUUGGGUAUGGAUGAAUGUGUAGCGAGGUUAUGGUACAAGAGCGACCUGUCCACCAGUCGCAAAGCUGCCGUGACCACUGUAGCGGGACAUAGAGAGCCACAAGUCCUGGAUUCUGUUUCAGCUUUGACCACCUGACCGCUGCCACAGUACCCACCUCCCCACAUGUAAACGAACUUGAACAUUGAGAUGGCCAUCCGAAGAUGUGUAUCACUGUAAAACAACUCUAUCAACACAUCUCUGAAGUCACAACAACUCACUCCAUGGGCCUCGAAUAUGAUGAGUGACCAAAGCCUCACAUCAGGCUGCGCAAUGAUAACUGAACACUCCCUGGGAGACAACAUCUACUAGUCCACCCUGGUCUCACCACAAAGGGUACAUGACGCACAUCAAACCAUCCCGACAGCUGACACUUGUUGCACCAUAAGGGUCUCAUCUCCAGGGCCACCAAGUGCAGGCCCAACUUCCCUGGGUGCUAUCACUCCCUAUUCCGCUGCAUAUCAUGGGCAGAAUAAAUUAGCUGGCACCAAUUGAGCGGCAGAUUAUUGGGUUCUGGCACUGAUCUAAUAAUUACUUACGGUUCUGGUACGUGGCAGUGUAACUCUCGCGCCUGACUCUACUUACGGAUGAUCGUGUAAAUAAGAUCCGCCAUAUUUAUUUUUCAGCGGCAACUGAUACUCUUUUCGUUGUCUGCAGGGUGGUCAGUCCUUCUCGUGUUUACUUAGUUUAGUUCAGUGUUGCGUGUUAACCCCCCUUAUGCAAGUGAGUGCCAAAUAACGGGUGGUAUAACGAUACUAAAAGAUCAUAUGAUGUAAGUGAACUUCAGUGUUACUCAACAUUAUAACAAGUGGAUACUUCACAAGAAUCCGGGCUGCUCGAGAGUGGUCCUGAGGAUGUAGAUCCCUACUGCACAGACUUCGUAAUUGUUGAUGUUAUAUAAUAUACAAGUGUGUUGUGACAUACACGUUCUACAUAGAGUCGAUAGUGGUCGGGGGCUGUAACUGAAUUUUGUGACAACUGCAAGCAUGGUAGCAACAAACAAACAUAUAUGGAAUCCAGGAUGGCCUCAGCGUCACAUAUGGAUGGCAAAGAACUGAAAUUCACUCUGUAGUUGGUAAAAGUUGGUCAGCAGAGUUAGUGCACAAAGAUACACCCUUUUUCGGAAUGAAUGAGCAUUUGACUGCUGUUUGAGGAUGCAAAGCACAAUAGUCCGGUAUGACGCAUAUUAUUUGUAACAAUAAUCCGGAAUUACCAGAUAUUUGUAACAAUAGUCCGGUAUGACCAGAUAUUUGUAACAUUAGUCCGGUAUGGCCAGAUAUUUGUAACAUUAGUCCGGUAUGGCCAGUUAUCUGUAUGCAUAUCCUGACCCUAUGAGAAGUCAGGAUAAACCGCUCUCAUGAAGGAUAGACUCAAGCUGCACUUGCUAGGUGAGGUUUUAAUGCCUCCAGCAAUAACUCAGUGGUUAUGAUAAAUACAAUACUCAUUUCGUCUGCUUUGUAACAUAAUGUAUGCUGUAUGUAAAUUAUGUAACUCCAAUGUUUAGAUCAGAAUACUAUAUUUCAUGGUAUUAUUAAAGCGGUCAAGCUCAUCAUUUCGUUCAGGAACCAUAAACUUAUAAUAAAAAAAUCUAUGAAUCAAUGCAACAUUUUUUAUCCAUUUUGAGGUUCACAUUAUUAAGCCUAUUUUGGCACAAAUGGCUUCUAGUUUGUAGAAUAUUAGAAAGUUGCAUAGGCAUUCAGAUGAUCUAAACAACUUGGGCGCGUUUAGGUAGUGAGGAAACUGACGCCGUUUAACUGAUCAUCACUGUAACUAUGAAGUGUUCUGCAGCAGAUAGUGAGAGUGAUACGCUGCAUACUUGUCAAUAGCAGAACAUUCUACCUCGUGUGCACUUGUGUACAAACAGUGACUACCACUGAAACCAGUGUGUCUCGAACUGCGUCUGUUUUCGUAACUCCUAAACAUGCCUUUUAACGGCACUUGAGGACUUUUCCUUUUGGAGGGGCGAGCCAGCCGACACUCUAGGGUGAUGUGUGGGGACUACGUUGGGCCGGUGAGUCCCCAGCAUGUAUGUGGGUGCGGGGAUUACCGGCCCCCAAGUUCCCAUGAGAAGGGCGGGGGCAGUGUGAAGUCACCACUGAGCCCGCCUGCACUCAACGUUGUCCCUCGCUCACGGUCUUCAUUCAGCUUUUUGUCUAAAUGUAAAUUUUGCUCUAUAAAUAAAGUCAUUUCUCUUA